CAAGCAGCAUAGUGAAAGGAAGUAAAGUGGGGCCUGAAGGAGGGGGAGAAAAGUGCUUAGAUAAGAGUUGUGGGAGCGCGAGGCAGUCUGGGAGCUGUAGUUUCAGGUCGCUGUGGGCGCGCGCCUGAAGGAAGUGGCUAUAGAAGGCGGGAGGAAGCAAAAAAAAGGUCCGGGCUUUGGUGGAGAGUCCGAGGCGGACGGGAGAAGGAGCAGUAACUAUAGCUCCCCGAAAGCCGGCACCCUGGUGGGGAGGUCACCGAAAGGCAGGCGCCUCCCAGAAUCUGUAGUUCCCUUGACUGCGAGCCAGGCGGGCUUCGUCUCUGGCUUCCCCAACAUGCGUAGGCACCCGGAGGGCUGCUGCGGGCGCGGGACCUAAAGAUGAUCUUUUCGGUCGUCCAUUACCCGCUCCGGUGGCUUCGACGGCCCGGAGGCCGUGCCUUGACCCUCGCCGCCAUGGAAGUGGCCUUCCGAGGCGUGCGGAAAGUCCUCUGUGUGGCCGAGAAAAACGACGCAGCCAAGGGAAUCGCUGAUCUGCUGUCCAACGGUCGCAUGAGACGGUGAAGCCCAGUCUGCAGGUGUUAAGAGCCCGUUUCUCUGAGAUCACCCCCGGUGCUGUCAGGACAGCCUGUGAAAACCUGACUGAGCCAGAUCAGAGAGUGAGUGAUGCUGUGGAUGUGAGGCAGGAGCUGGACCUGAGGAUCGGAGCUGCCUUCACUCGGUUCCAGACCCUGCGGCUCCAGAAGGUUUUUCCUGAAGUGCUGGCCGAGCAGCUCAUCAGCUAUGGCAGCUGCCAGUUUCCCACAUUGGGCUUUGUGGUGGAAAGAUUCAAAGCCAUUCAGGCCUUUGUGCCAGAAAUCUUCCACAGAAUCAAAGUAACUCAUGACCACGAAGAUGGUGCUGUAGAUUUCAAUUGGAAAAGGCAUCGUCUGUUUAACCAUACAGCUUGUCUUGUCCUCUAUCAGUUGUGUAUGGAGGAUCCCAUGGCAACUGUAGUGGAGGUCAGGUCAAAGCCAAAGAGCAAGUGGAGGCCUCAAGCCUUGGACACUGUGGUACAUCAGCUAUCCCCGAACAGAGACAAACAUUUUCCCCAGAGACUUAAACUUGAUGGCAUUGGUGGAACAGCAAACGCAGGAUCCAGACUGGGGGGCCUUUGCCCAGAGUAUUUUAGAACGGGGUGGCCCUACCCCACGCAAUGGAAAUAAGUCUGACCAAGCUCACCCUCCAAUUCACCCCACUAAGUAUACCAGUAACUUGCAGGGAGAUGAACAGCGACUGUAUGAGUUGAUUGUUCGUCAUUUCCUGGCUUGCUGCUCCCAAGAUGCCCAAGGACAGGAAACAACUGUGGAGAUUGACAUUGCUCAGGAACGCUUUGUGGCCCGUGGCCUCAUGAUUCUAGCCCGAAACUACCUGGAUGUGUAUCCAUAUGAUCGCUGGAGUGACAAGCUCCUCCCUGUCUAUGAGGAAGGCUCCCAGUUUCAGCCCAGCACAAUAGAGAUGCUAGAUGGGGAGACCAGCCCUCCACAGCUGCUCACUGAGGCUGACCUCAUCGCCCUCAUGGAGAAACACGGCAUUGGUACUGAUGCCACUCAUGCGGAGCACAUUGAGACCAUCAAAGCCCGGAUGUAUGUUGGGCUCACUUCCGACAAGCGGUUCCUCCCUGGGCACCUGGGCAUGGGACUAGUGGAAGGUUAUGAUUCCAUGGGCUAUGAGAUGUCUAAGCCUGACCUCCGGGCUGAGCUGGAAGCUGAUCUGAAACUGAUCUGUGAAGGCAAGAAGGACAAGUCUGUAGUUCUGAGGCAGCAGGUGCAGAAAUAUAAACAGGUUUUCAUUGAAGCAGUGGCUAAGGCAAAGAAGUUGGACGAGGCCUUGUCUCAGUACUUUGGAGAAGGGACAGAGACGCCCCAGCAAGAAGAGAUCUACCCAGCCAUGCCAGAGCCCAUCCGGAAGUGCCCACAGUGCAACAAAGACAUAGUCCUAAAGACCAAGAAGAGUGGUGGUUUCUACCUUGGCUGUACAAGUUUCCCAGAAUGCCGACUGGCCAUGUGGUUUCCCGACUCAGUGCUGGAGGUCAGCAGGGAUGAGAGUGUGUGUCCAGUUUGUCAACCGGCCCCUGUGUACAGGUUGAAGUUCAAAUUCAAGCGUGGGAGCCUUCCCCCAACCAUCCCCCUGGAGUUUGUGGGCUGCAUCGGUGGAUGUGAUGAGACCCUGAAUGAGAUCCUGGGCGUGCAAUUUUCACGGGGUCCUCCCAGAAGCAGCCAGCCCUCUGGCCACCUGCAGGCUAGCCAGUCAAUGAACAGGAUGGACAGCAGCCACUCCCAGCCUCCUGACAGUAGACAGACCAGACCCUCACAGGCUCAGGCCCAGGCCCUCCUGCCUGCUGCUGCCACUGGUGAGAGCAACGCUGUGACUUGCAACUGUGGCCAGGAGGCUGUGCUGCUCACCGUCCGAAAAGAGGGCCCCAACCAGGGUCGGCAGUUCUACAAGUGCAACAGUGGUGGCUGCAACUUCUUCCUCUGGGCCGAUGGUGGCCAUCCUGGAGCAGGAGGAGCCCCUGCCUCUGCAACAAGACCCCCAGGCAGCUCACUUGGACACCCACCAGGCUCAGGGCACCACUUUGGUGGCUUCAGCAACCCUGAUGAUGGCAGUGGUGGCAGCACAUCCUGCUUGUGUAGUCAACCUGCUGUCAUGAGAACAGUGCAGAAGGAGGGUCCCAACAAAGGCCGCCAGUUCCACACGUGUGCAAAGCCACGGGAGCAGCAGUGUGGCUUCUUUCAGUGGGCCGAUGAGAACGUGGCCCCAGGAACUUUUGCAGCCCAACCUUGGCCAGGAGGCAGGAGCAAAAGGCCCCGGACCAGUUCCUCAGAUGCAGGGUCCACAGCAAAGAAAUCUCGUAAAUGCAGUCUUUGCCACCAGCCUGGACACACCCGGCCCUUCUGUCCUCAGAAUAGAUGAAGGCAGUAAAGUGUAGAGGGGCCACUUGCUCAGUCUGGAGAUUGAAUUAACUAGGACUAGGUGGCUAUUCACUGUCCUAGAAGCUGAGGAGGGUGUUGGGUUUUGGAGUUGGGCUUUUCUUUGUUAAGGAGCACAAAGUCCAGACCACCCUCAAGAAGAUUGGCUCUGCUGGACAGUGUCGCCCUGCCCAGGGCUCAAGAAUGACCACAGCCACUGCUGAGAAGUCAUGCUGCUGCCCUGUGACCCCCUCCCCCACCACGGAUGGGGACAGCAGAGGAGAUAACCAUUGGUGGCUGUGAACCCACAGCUGUGGCCUGCUGCACUGCAAAUCAGAAAGCACCCAGGGCUUUCUGGGUGAGGAGGCAGCACCUCCAUCACAGGCUUUGAGCAGCCUGCAUGGGGCUUCUCCCCACAGCCAUCCUGGGAAGGAAGUGGCUCUCCUAAUACCAUCAGAUCUGCAAAAGUUUCACUUCCAUUUCAUUUAAAAACCAAGAAUCCCUAACUCAUGUGCCUUAGUAAAGAAUGUAUUAUUUACUCUGACAAGUGACAGUGCAGCAUAGUGUCUGGUGACAUUUGCAGGAGUGACAGCCAGUAGUGGAGGGAGUGCUCACCAGCACUGUCCCUGAUGGCCCCUUCCCAGUCCAGCCCUUCUCCCUGCCAUAUGGUGAGUGCUGACCCCAACUUGUGCACUCCCCAAUUUGUCAGUUGGAGCAGAAUUGCCAGCACAAGACUCAGAACACUCACUGUCUUCCACCCUUGCCAGAGAUGAACUGUGAAUAUUUCCCUGUGAAUAAUACAUAGUUGACUGGCUGUGUUUUACACUUCAGAAGAGAAGCGGGAAUGGUCACAGUGGCAGUUAGCAAAAAAAUUGUUCUCAGGCCCUGUGACUGCAAACCUCUGCCCUUUAUUAAAUCAGCUGUCUCUGCUGGCAGGGUGUCAGGCCAGUGGGCUCUCCAAGUAUGGAUUCCUGGCCUUGUUCCUGGCGCAGCCUGGUCAGCAGGUGUGGGUCCCAGCCUGCGAUGCUGGGUUUUCCCAGUCCCUGGCAACCAUCUACCUACUUUGUUUCUACAGGUUUACCUAUUCUGGACAUUUUAUAUCAAUAGAAUCACAUAAUACAUGAGCUGUGUCUGACUUCUCUCACUUAGCCUGGUGUCUAUAAGGUUCAUCCACAUUGGAGCAUGGCUCAGUACUUUAUUUUUAUGGCUGAAUAAUUUUUCAUUGUGUAUACAGUAGUCCCCCUAUUUGUGGGGAAUACGCUCCAGGAUUCCCCGUAGAUGCCUGAAACUUGGAGAGUACUGAAACCCAUACACAAUAUACUGAUUUUUCAUUAACAUACCUGUAAUAAAGUUUUAUUUAUAAGUUAGGCAUAAUGCCA